CAGUUGACAGUGACUGUGAAACAUAACCUAAAAUUACAAUCUAAUUAUUUUGUUUAUUCCCCAAAAUCUAAAACCUUCCUAAACCCAAAGAAGAAGAACCUUAGAGCCAAGUGUGAAGUUGUGAUUGUAAUCCUUUGGAAACUUUCGACCAUUUACAACGUAGAUUUACAACGUGGAUUUAUUAAUAAACCAACACCAAUUAUGCCAGAAACAUUAAAAAUACACAUACAGUUUGGCGGUGGUGCAGAAUUACUCUUCGACAAAGUUAAAAAGAGGGAAGUGGAAUUGCCAGCGUUAAAGAAAUAUUUCCCUGAUUGCCAAACAGAUAAAUGGACCAUAAGAGAACUUCUUUUAUGGAUAAAAGAUAACCUUUUGAAAGAACGACCCGAGUUGUUUUUACAGGGUGAUUCAGUGAGGCCAGGAAUCUUGGUGCUGGUGAACGAGGCCGACUGGGAACUCUGCGGCGAGCUUGCAUACGAACUGCAGCCAAACGACGUUAUAAUGUUCAUAUCCACUCUGCACGGGGGAUAAUAUUAACUAACUUAAAGAUUUAUUAAAUAAGUUUUAUUUAU